GUAUGUCAAGCGAUCCAACAGCGCCAUCUAGGUACGGAAAUAUGUUUCUGCUUCUUGUCGUCCUGACACCACCUUACCACCGCUGCAAAACACAGUCCAGGCCGGCCUACUGUCUCUCUCUGAAUAAGAACAAGGAGCACUAUUAGGAUGUCUGACAUGGAAGACGAUUUCAUGUGCGAUGAUGAGGAAGAUUACGACCUGGAGUACUCAGAAGAUAGUAAUUCAGAGCCAAAUGUUGACCUGGAGAACCAGUACUACAACUCCAAAGCUUUGAAGGAGGACGAUCCCAAAGCAGCACUUAGCAGUUUCCAGAAGGUAUUGGAACUAGAAGGAGAGAAAGGAGAAUGGGGGUUCAAAGCACUGAAACAGAUGAUCAAAAUCAACUUCAAGCUGACCAACUUUCCAGAGAUGAUGAAUCGAUACAAGCAGCUUCUUACAUACAUCAGAAGCGCUGUCACCCGGAACUACUCAGAGAAGUCCAUCAACUCCAUUCUGGACUAUAUCUCUACCUCUAAACAGAUGGACUUGCUACAGGAGUUCUACGAAACCACACUGGAGGCUUUGAAAGAUGCAAAAAAUGACAGACUGUGGUUUAAAACUAACACAAAGUUGGGAAAGCUGUAUUUGGAGAGAGAAGAAUAUGGGAAAUUGCAAAAGAUCCUUAGGCAACUUCACCAGUCAUGUCAGUUGGUUCUGUAUUUAACUCAACAACAGACAGAUGAUGGAGAGGAUGACCUUAAGAAAGGCACACAGCUGUUGGAGAUCUAUGCUCUGGAGAUCCAGAUGUAUACAGCACAAAAAAACAACAAGAAACUGAAAGCAUUGUAUGAGCAGUCACUUCAUAUUAAAUCUGCCAUUCCUCAUCCACUCAUAAUGGGAGUUAUCAGAGAGUGUGGUGGAAAGAUGCAUUUGAGAGAGGGCGAGUUUGAGAAAGCUCACACAGAUUUCUUUGAGGCCUUUAAAAACUAUGAUGAGUCUGGCAGCCCAAGAAGGACAACGUGCCUGAAAUACCUGGUCCUAGCCAACAUGCUGAUGAAGUCAGGAAUAAACCCUUUUGACUCUCAAGAGGCCAAACCAUACAAAAAUGACCCAGAGAUCCUAGCAAUGACAAACUUAGUAAGCGCCUACCAAAACAAUGACAUCACUGAAUUUGAGAAAAUCUUGAAAACAAAUCACAGUAACAUAAUGGAUGACCCCUUCAUUAGAGAACACAUAGAGGAGCUCCUGCGGAACAUUAGAACACAAGUACUUAUUAAACUCAUCAAGCCAUACACAAGAAUACACAUCCCUUUCAUUUCUAAGGAGCUGAACAUUGAUGUGUGUGAUGUGGAGAGUUUGCUGGUGCAGUGCAUCUUGGAUAACACCAUCCACGGCCGAAUCGACCAAGUUAACCAGCUAUUAGAACUGGACUACCAGAAGAGAGGAGGGGCGCGCUACACAGCUUUAGACAAAUGGACAAAUCAGCUGAACUCUCUGAACCAAGCCAUUGUUAGCAAGCUCACAUGAUGGCAUGUAAAAUGGAGAGACAAGGGGAAUGGCAUGUUUGAAUACAUCCAUAAAGUGUGCUACUUCAUAUCCUCUGAAACAAGAUACACAGCACAGGUUUUCAGAAUGGCACCAAUUUCAAGAUGACUCCAAGAACCACAAGAACGUGGUCAAAGUGGUGUUUUAUCCUGAGAGGAAGUCACUGACUCUUAUUUUUGUUUUUCAUAUUCCUGAUUGGCAGAUCCUUCAAUGUGCAACACAAAAUACUUCAGUUGUUUAAAAAAGUCCAAAUGUGUAUGAAAACAUGUACACAGUAUUUUAAUGUAUACUGUUGCCUGCUGGUAAUAAACAGAUGUAUCUCUCAGCAUU